AUCGGUAAAGAAAAAAACACUAGAGAUAAAGUAACGAGCGAACGAGGGAGAGAAGUAGAGAUUGGGAGAGGACAAUUCUCCCGAGUGGCCGUGUUUAAGUGCAAGUGAUUCAAAAUACCCGGGAUAAUGAACUCGUACUUUGAGCAGAGCCCGGGUGGCUUCUACGGAAGCCAUCAUCAUCAAACCGGUGCUGCGAGUCAGCAUCACGAUCCCGCGACAGCGGCAGCCUAUCGAAGCUUUCCUCUUGGGUUAGGUAUGUCACCGUACGCUUCCAGUCAGCAUCAUCAUCACACGUCCGGUACUUUGGGUAUACACCCAGGAGGUGGUAGCAACACGAGACCACCACAGGAUUCGCCGUACGACGCGAGCGUCGCGACGGCUUGCAAGCUCUAUUCGACGACGCCAGAGGCGACCGGACACACGACUUCCUCCUAUUCGACGACAGCGAGCAAAGAUUGCAAACAACAAGAUCAAACGACGGCCCAUCAGAAUGGGUACGCCGCGGCGAUGGCCGUGGCCGCCGUCAAGGACGUUUGGCAGUCGGCGACCUCUGCUACCAACGGUCAGACCAAUUCGGUUGUACGUCCUUCCGCCUGCACGCCCGAGGGCACGAGGGUCGGUACCUACGGCGGCCUCGUGGGCGGCGAUCCGGCAUCGAGUCCCGGCAACAACGGCACCUCGAGGUCCCUCGCCUCCACCUGGAACACCUGCAGUCUCAACUCGACCGCGAGCCAACCGGUCGCCACGCAACUCCAUCAGCAACCCGCCAAUCAUACCUUCUACCCAUGGAUGGCUAUAGCAGGUAAGGACGAUAUUGCUAAGCCACAUUGGACAUGGUUGCAAGGAGCGAACGGACUGCGCAGGCGCGGCCGACAGACCUACACGCGUUAUCAAACGUUGGAACUGGAGAAAGAAUUCCACACAAAUCACUACCUCACCAGGCGGAGGCGGAUCGAGAUGGCACACGCGUUAUGUUUGACGGAACGGCAGAUCAAGAUAUGGUUUCAGAAUCGACGGAUGAAGCUGAAGAAGGAAAUACAGGCGAUAAAAGAAUUGAACGAGCAAGAAAAGCAAGCGCAAGCGCAAAAAGCAGCGGCAGCGGCCGCGGCUGCGCAUCAGCAACAAGGCGGCGGUGGGGGUCCCGAGGGGGGUAACUAGGGGUACGCCCUACACCGUAGCCCCCCUGACCACCCCACCGCGAAUCCACACCACCCUCUGUUAGCGCCUCAAUGUACACAACUAUACUAAGGUGAGUGGCAGGCCGCACCCCGCUGUCUCUGUAAUGCCAAAUAGAUGGUCGACGUGCAUAUCCGUUGAUCGUCAAUUUAUCGGUUGCGGCGAAUCAGAUGCUGCACCGGUGAGUGACGAACCCCCCGGACCUCCCGUAGCUCACUUUGACCAAUAUUCUCCCAACGCACAUACGUACACAUUCGAACACAUUCACGUAUAUAUAGACACUGAAAAUGCGCAAACACAUAAGACACGUAAAGAAAUGGU